UGAGUGGUGGACUGGCCUUAAACCCUAUAAACCUUUCCCUCUUCAACAUUCGCCUUCUUCAGAACUCUGCAAAAAUCAAAGUCUCUAAAAUCCUCUUCGAAUUUCAAUGCCGUGAAGAUGCUUCGUCCUCCUGCUUCUUCUUCUUCCCAGCAGUUACCCAAUCAAUCUCUCGCCAGCUCUGCCAAUGGACUUCAAAAUCCCGUCCAAAUUCAGCCCCAAAACCAGGGUUCCUUCUGCAAUCCCAACCCCCAUAUGAGCAAUGUCCAUGGCAACCACGUUCCCAACAUGCCGCCCCCAAUGUUUCAACCGGGAUUGAUGAUGAAUUUUCCAAACCCUCUCAUGGCGUUGCAUAAUAAUCCUCUUGCCGCGGCUCAAUUUGCUCCGGGCCAUAUGGGUUUUGCUUUACAGAACAACGGGUGCAACACGAACCCAGCUGCUAAUUUUCAGGCUCAGGGGCAAUUCAACAUGGUGCCGGGUGUGAAUCAGAUGAACAUGAACCCGUGUUUGCCUCUGGCGCAGUUGUUUGGGCAGAACAUGCCGAAUUUAGUUCAGCAAUUGAAUCAGAACAUGGGUUUUUCAAAUGGGCAGUUUUGUUUGCCGUAUCAAAACAUGAAUCAGCAUGUAAUUCCUGGGCAGAUGUUGAAUAUGUCGCAAGUUAAUCCUCAGCCGUCUCCCCACACUUCAUAUGGUGGUCCAAAUCAAGCUGUUCCCAUGGUUCUUCAGAAUCCCGCCAUUUCUACAAUUCAGCCUUUUGGUGUCAAUCAGGCAAUGCACCAAAUUAACCAGAAUCCUCAAAACUUCACUCCACCGGCAAUGGGUGGAGCUGGCUUGAAACAGUUUCCGGGUUCGGCUCAACCGUUGCAAGGGAAUUCAACCAUGCCAUUUAACUCUUCGGCUCAACCACAACAAGCUAGGAACUUGCAGUCACCUGCUGUCGUUGGGUCACAGGGAAAUUCUUCAAUAAAUGGUGGUGGAAAUGGACCAAAUUCAUUUUCGAAAAAUUUAGACCAGAAGAACUUCACAAGGAACUCAAAGAAAGGAUUUCAGAAGAAUCAAAUUCAUCAUAUGAAAAAUGAGAAGAAAAAGUUUGGGUUUCCUGGCGGACAGAAAGGAAAAGGUUUUCACAAUGAUAGGAGGAACAAAUUUGGUGGCGCUUGUUCUACAGAUCAAGUGAAAGACCAGAAGAGAUCUCUCUCUCCGGUCUACACGGAGCAAGAAAUUCAGCAAUGGCGUGAAGCACGCCGAAAGAAUUACCCAUCAUCAACCAACAUAUGGAAGAAACUCACUGAAAAACAAGCUGACUGCACAUUGGUCGAUAAGGAGGCUCACCUUCUGCGACAAGAACUCAAAGAGAUUUUAGCGAAGCAGGCUGAAUUGGGAGUUGAAGUUGCAGAAAUACCACCAGAGUAUCUCUCAUAUUCAGAGAAACGUGACAAUCAAAAGCGACGCGGAGAUCUAUUAACUAGAGAGGAAGCGGAAGGACCAUUGACAGGGAAAGAGAAAUCUCGAAACAGGUCAAACAAGAGGGGAAGGCCUGACAAGAAGAGUCGUCCGAGAAAGAAGGGCAAAUCAGAGAGGCAUUUACCGAACGAGAACGCGAAUGCGAACGUGUUGCCAUUAAUCAAGAGAGAGCCGACAUUAUUGCAGAAGCUCUUGAAAACAGAUGUGAAGAGAGAAAAAAGCCAACUGUUACAAGCUUUGAGAUUCAUGGUGAUGAAUUCUUUCUUCAAAGAAUGGCCCAAUAAACCAUUGAAGUUUCCAUCAGUUAUUAUCAAGGAGAAUGGAGGUGAGAUCAAUGUGGUUGAUGAGAACAACUCUCUGUCUUCUGUGAAUUUCACUCUCCAAGAGACAAACAAUUCAAUUGUUGAAAAACUUGGCAACGACAAUGACAACAGCCACAAUGACAACGAUGAUGACAACAGCGGUAACGACGACAUCGAGAAGUUCAAAGGAUGUGGAAUGCAUGUACCCGAAGAGGAAGAAGGAGAAAUUAUCGAUUAGCGUUGCUCUUUUACCGCUCCCACCGGGUUCCUUCAAAGUACUAUGAAAGCUUGUAUUGUGCUCAAUUUUAGCAACACGUACCAAUUAAAAGGAGAUCAUUCUUGGAAAACAACUUUAUGUACAAGUUUAAAGGAACUCUUUGUUUAUGUAACAACCCUUCGCAAUUAUGACAAAGCAACUCUUCGUUUUUUUCC